CUUUGUGAUUUAUAUUUCUGCAGGUUUCUCGGUUGCUAGGUGCUUUCAAAAACCAAAAAAAGGUGACCAGAAGUUUUGGUAAUGCUGUACAAACAGUAACUUUAAUCCCAGGAGAUGGCAUAGGACCUGAGAUUUCUGCUGCUGUCAUGAAGAUCUUUGAUGCUGCCAAAGCUCCUAUUCAGUGGGAAGAAAGGAAUGUUACAGCUAUCCAAGGACCAGGAGGGAAGUGGAUGAUACCCCCAGAUGCCAAAGAAUCCAUGGAUAAAAACAAAAUGGGAUUAAAAGGGCCUUUGAAGACCCCCAUUGCCGCAGGGCACCCCUCCAUGAACCUGCUGCUGCGCAGAACCUUCGACCUCUACGCCAACGUGCGUCCCUGCGUGUCCAUCGAGGGCUACAAAACCCCCUACACGGACGUGAACAUCGUCACCAUCCGCGAGAACACCGAGGGCGAGUACAGCGGCAUCGAGCACGUGAUCGUCGAUGGGGUUGUGCAGAGCAUCAAGCUGAUCACAGAGGAAGCCAGCAAGAGGAUCGCAGAGUUCGCUUUCGAGUACGCCAGAAACAACCAGAGGAGCCACGUCACGGCUGUGCACAAGGCAAAUAUUAUGAGAAUGUCUGAUGGGCUUUUCUUGAGAAAAUGCAGGGAGGCAGCAGAAAACUGUAAAGAUAUUAAAUUUAAUGAAAUGUAUCUGGAUACUGUGUGUCUGAAUAUGGUUCAAGAUCCAUCACAAUUUGAUGUGCUUGUUAUGCCAAACUUGUACGGUGACAUCCUCAGUGACUUGUGUGCUGGGCUGAUCGGGGGCCUGGGAGUGACACCCAGUGGGAACAUCGGGGCCAACGGAGUGGCCAUUUUUGAGUCGGUUCAUGGAACAGCACCAGACAUUGCAGGCAAAGACAUGGCAAAUCCAACUGCUCUCCUCCUGAGUGCUGUGAUGAUGCUGCGUCACAUGGGACUACACAAACAUGCCACAAAAAUAGAGUCAGCUUGCUUUGAUACCAUUAAAGAUGGAAAGGUCUUGACAAAGGACUUGGGGGGCAAUGCCAAGUGCUCGGAGUUCACAGACGAGAUCUGCCGCAGGGUACGGGACAAGGACUAAACUUCCCUCACCCCGACUCCUGGAGGACGUGUCACACACAGAGUACAUUAUGUGUAACUUGAUAUCCAUAUGCAGAUAGUUUGCUUAUCUCUUGAGAGCAAACUUUUUAGUUAAGGCCUCUCCAUUAAUAAAUUUAGUCCAAAUGGCUACAAACGAUGCUUGUGCCUGCUUUCAGUGGACUUUUCCAAGUGCUUUGUCUUAUUUAUUUUUUUUUUCUAUCUGGUGAACAUUUUUAUGUAAGUGAAUUCUUUUAUUGGCACUGUAACUGUCUACCAUUUUCCAUUUCAGUUAGAGGGUUUUACUUUCCACAAAGAAAAAUUAUGCAACUAUAAACCAGUAACAGAAGUAGUGAAAUGUAAAAGCACCUUAAUGGUUAAAACCUGCUUUAUUGGUCUUGCUGAAGUUGGAAAGGUUUCCAGCCUAACAGUAGCACAAGGUGACCUUCAGAAACAGAAACGGGUAUAAAAUAACUUAAAAUAGCAAUUUCAUGUUAAAAGCAACGAGAAAACCACAUUAGAUACUCUGGUGAUGAAAUAUAGCCCUGCCCACCAAAGGCAUGAAUAAAGAAGUACAAAAUUCUAGAGAUUUAAUCUAUUUGUGUACUUUAAAAAAGCCCACAACCAUUAACUAGCAAAGGGUGAGAAUUAACGCUGAAGCAAAGUUAUUUUUCAAAUCUAGAUACCACAAUAAUUCUUACAAGUUUUCCCUCUCUGAAAUACCCUUUCCAACGGAGUUCUAAUGAGGGUAAAUUAUAUAAAAUUACCUCGGCCGUAUAUUGUGAAGGGAAAGUAUUAACUUUGCAGAUUUAUCCUAGAUAUUUCAUGACUUCUGCUAGAAUGCUCUUUGUGUUGUAGCUUUCUGCAUAGUCUGUUCAGUGUGUUCUACUGUAUUGACUGGUAAUUUUAUCCAAAACUGAAUGUAAGGGACUAGUCCUAAAGGGAUUAAGACAGAUCAGCGGUUUGGCUCUGGUGCCUAUGUUCCAGAAAUACAUUUCAUCCCUAUUCAAGGGGAUCCAAGACUUAUUUUUUUCCUUGCUUUCUAAGCUUAACAGGUGCAAAAACAACUCUUCUCCCUCCCUCCUUCAUCACGUGCAGAUGGUCAUACGAGUCAUUCUGACCUGUAUGUCCAAAGGUAUCUUCCAUCAGUGCCCCCAACGAGAAAAUGUGUAUUUUAAAACUCGUUAGUAUAGCACAGGAUUAUCCCUACUGCCAGAACCAGGCUUCUUAAAGCUUAAUUCUAUUAAUAGAAAGUCACUAAGUGGAGUAAUAUCUAUUAAGACUGUUUUAGGCUGGUUGUUUCAGAGGUGAAAUCGUUUCUGAGUAACGUGGCUCUACAAAGUGAGCAUCCCAGCUUUUUUAUACAGUCUAACAACAUGUUGGAGGAGCUUUAUUCCUCAGGCACUCUGCUUUUGGUGAAUAGGGCAACAUUUCUUUCCGUGUUUUACAAGCUGCUGCUUCCUUGUUUCCUUCGGAUUAAUAUUGUCAAAGAACCUCUGAAUGACCAUUGCGCACAAAAUGGGGAAGAAUAAACUUUUCAAAGCCCU